AUGGUAUUUGUCAUCGAAGGCACGAUUACUUGCGGCCUAGGUCUACUGUCCUUCUUCACCCUGACCGGUCGACCCAAGACAGCCAGAUGGCUUAUGACCGAAGAGAAGGACCUCGCCAUAGCACGAAACAAAUUACUCAAGGGAAUCCUCAACCCCGUGACACUGGCAACCGCAACAAACUUCGGCCUCAGAAACAUCACAGAGCAGGGCCUCGCAUUCUUUGCGGCGACCAUCGUCAAGAGCAUUUACCCUCAGCAUAGCGUGGUUUCACAACAACUGCACACCACUGGCCGCUACCUGAUUUACUACAUCAUUGCCCUUCUGAUCACACUUUGUGGAUUUGUGAUGUUCCUCGGAACACGAAAUACCGAUGCUCGCUACGGUGCAACCUUCCCAGAGGCUAGCUCUGCAUUUCUGUUUGGAACUUUGAGCAACGCUUUGAUAUCGGUGAAUGUCAUCUCGGACACUUCAAGGUCUGCCGCCACAGGAACCAACGUUCUGUUUGGGAAUAUCGGGGGACUAGUUUUAACAUGGUCAUACCUUCCCUUUGAGGGCCCUAAUUACCCUAUCGGCAGUGGCUUGAAUCUCGCGGCCAUCUCGUGCUAUUUUGUCCUCCCCGUCACGCUCCUCCUAUGGAUGAAGUACGACAAUCAGAAACGCGCCGAGAGAAAUAUGGACUCAGAGGUCAGUGGACUGUCGAUCAAGGAACUUCAAGAUCUGGACUGGCAGCAACCAGGAUUCCUUUGGAAGCCUUAA